AUGCAAGGCUUCAACAUGGGCAAAUACGUCCCUCCAGACGCGGAGGGCGUCUACUCAGGCAACCAGCUCAGCAAAAAGCACCCCCUCGGCCACCGCGCCUCCAAGCUCGCCACCCAGGGCAUUCUCACCGUGCGCUUCGAGCUCCCCUUUGCCGUUUGGUGCGACCACUGCCAGCCUCACCCCACCAUCAUCGGCCAGGGCGUGCGGUUCAACGCGGCCAAGAAGAAAGUCGGCAAUUACUACUCCACUCCCAUCUGGAGUUUCACCAUCAAGCACGCGCAAUGUGGCGGCAAGAUUGAGAUUAGGACAGACCCAAAAAUGACGAGGUAUGUGGUUGUGAGUGGGGGGCGGGCAAGGGAUACGGGUACGGAUGAGGAGAGUUUGGUCAAACUUGGUCUGGAAGGGAGUGCUGGUGGGUUUGAGAUACAGACGGAAAAGGAACGGCAGGAACAGAGGGAUGCGGCGUUUGGGAAGCUGGAGAAGACGAUUGCGGACCGUGAGAGGGCGGAGGAAGCGAAAGUGAGGAUCGAUGAGUUGCUAGAGGCGCAGGAAAAGGCUUGGGAAGAUCCAUAUGCGAGGAAUCAGAAGCUGAGGAAGGCGUUUAGGGUGGGGAGGAAAGAAAGGGAGACGGAGGCGGAGAGGACGGAAGAUCUCAAGGAGAGGAUGGGGUUGGGGAUCGAGCUGUUGCCGGGCACGGAGGAGGAUGAACGGAGGGCGAGGUUGAUUGAGUUUGGGGGUGUACCGGAUAUUGGUUUGGGCAGGGAUGACGUGGUGCAAAAGGCGUUGGCGAGACCGUUGUUUGGGGAUGGGAAGAACAGCAAAACGGAGGAGAAAAAGGGCGGGAAGAAGAAGGAUGCGUCCAAGGGAAAGCUCAAGUCGGAGAUUGCUGCUACCAAGAUGCGGGAAGCGUUGGUUUCCGAGAUUGUGGGUCAUACGCGGGCGGCCAAGGACCCGUUUCUCGACUGGGGGAGUAGGGAGUCGACACCCAAGCCGCGAGGAGCUUUGAUACCUGGGCUCAAGAGGAAACGGGCUGCUGGAGAAGAGACUCCCGAUCCACCACCUGUGGGUGCAGCGUCAUCGAUGACUGGUCCUCUUGCUGAAGGAAGGGAUGCUGCGGAAACCAAGAGCCGAAAGCAGACGACAGAGGGUGGCUCAACUACACAAACGAGCAAACCCGGACUCGUGGCUUACGAUUCUGAUUCGGACUGAGUAACCAACGACGAGUAUUCGACUAGGCGUUGUGCAUUCACGGACAGUUUUGGAUCUGCAUGGGAUAUAGCAUAGCACCACAUCGGAGCGACAUAAGCAUUGUUUUUUCAG